GACUAUGUCCAUAUGUUUGUCUUUCAGCUCCUGUGUCAGAACCAGCUGUUACGCAGAUGUGUUUGUCAUCAAAACAGAUGACAGUCAGCUGUUUCUCUGAAGGAGAUGAAGUAGAGUUCAUUUUGUCUUUGGAUGAUAAGUUGUUGAUACAGCCUACAGCCAAUGGUAUAGAAAAAAACAGCAUUCCAAAUGUUAACAUCAACUUACCUGGUCAGCUGAUGGGAAACCUGACAUGUGUUGCUCAAAAUAAUGUCAGCAGAAAACAAACUAUCACCCAACUUACAAGCUGUACAGCUCCUGUGUCAGAGCCAGCUGUAUCUCAGAUGUGUCUGUCACCAAAACAGAUGACAGUCAGCUGCUCCUCUGAAGGAGAUGAAGUAGAGUUCACCUUGUUUUUGGAUGAUAACUUGUUGAUAAAAACCCAACCCAGCAUUGCAGAAAACCACAACAUUUCAAAUGUUACCAUCAGUUUACAUGGUCAACUGCUGGGAAAGCUGAUGUGUAUCGUCCAAAACAAUAUAAGCAGAGAACAAACCAUCAUCCACCUUAUAAGCUGCACAGUUCUAGGUAAUAUUUCUGACCACUGCAUUGUGACUGUGGCUGUGGUAGUAAGUGUUGUUGCCAUUCUACUCAUUCUGGCUGUGUUUCUUGGUAUCCGGAAAUUCAAAAACACAACUGGCAUUAUGACUGUUAAUGAAGGUAAGAUUUUUAUAUUAAAUGUGUUGUCUUUAUCAAUUUUGUCUCAAGGAUCACCACACAGAAGUAUAUGUUAAAUUGUUAUAAAACAGUUAGUGGCAAU